AUGGCUUCGCUGUACCAGAGGUUCACGGGCAAGAUCAACACCUCGCGGUCCUUCCCGGCGCCCCCGGAGGCGAGCCGCCUCCUGGGCGGCCAGGGGCCCGAGGAGGACGGCGCGGGGCCCAAGCCCCUCGGAGCCCAGGCGCCCGCUGCGGCGCCCCCGGAGCGCGGCGGCGGCGGCGGCGGCGGCGCGGGCGGCCGGCCCCGGUUCCAGUACCAGGCGCAGAGCGACUGUGACGACGAGGACGAGCUGGUGGGGAGUAACCCUCCACAGAGAAACUGGAAAGGCAUAGCGAUCGCACUGCUUGUCAUCCUGGUCAUCUGCUCCCUGAUUGUCACCUCAGUGGUGCUGCUGACGCCAGCGGAAGAUAACAGUCUGUCUCAAAAGAAGAAGGUGACUGUGGAAGAUCUCUUCAGUGAAGAUUUCAAAAUUCAUGAUCCCGAGGCUAAGUGGAUAAGUGAUAAAGAAUUCAUCUACAGAGAGCAGAAAGGAAGUGUGAUACUGCAGAAUGUUGAAACAAAUACUUCUACGGUGUUAAUAGAAGGCAAAAAAAUUGAAUCGUUAAGAGCUGUCAGAUACGAAAUAUCUCCAGAUAGAGAGUAUGCUCUUUUUUCAUAUAACGUGGAACCAAUAUAUCAACACUCCUAUACUGGAUAUUAUGUGCUGAGCAAAAUUCCUCAUGGGGAUCCUCAAAGUCUAGAUCCACCAGAAGUCAGCAACGCAAAACUUCAGUAUGCAGGAUGGGGCCCCAAGGGUCAACAGCUGAUAUUUAUCUUUGAAAACAAUAUCUACUACUGUGCACACGUCGGGAAGCAGGCCAUCCGUGUGGUCUCAACUGGGAAGGAAGGCGUGAUUUACAACGGCCUUAGCGACUGGCUGUACGAAGAGGAGAUUUUGAAGACCCACAUCGCCCACUGGUGGUCUCCAGAUGGUACGCGGCUCGCCUACGCCACCAUCAACGACUCCCGGGUGCCAGUCAUGGAGCUGCCCACCUACACCGGCUCCGUCUACCCCACCGUGAAGUCCUACCACUACCCCAAGGCUGGAUGUGAAAACCCCAGUAUCUCCCUGCACGUCAUUGGCCUAAAUGGACCCACGCACGACCUGGAGAUGAUGCCGCCUGACGAUCCACGGAUGAGGGAGUACUACAUCACCAUGGUCAAGUGGGCCACCAGCACCAAGGUCGCCGUGAACUGGCUGAGCCGAGCGCAGAACGUGUCCAUCCUCACCCUCUGCGAUGCCACCACCGGGGUCUGCACCAAGAAACACGAGGAUGAAAGUGAAGCCUGGCUCCACAGACAGAACGAAGAGCCAGUGUUCUCCAAGGACGGCCGGAAGUUCUUCUUUGUCCGAGCGAUCCCGCAGGGGGGGCAGGGCAAGUUCUACCACAUCACGGUGUCCUCCUCCCAGCCUAACAGCAGCAAUGACAACAUCCAGUCCAUCACCUCUGGGGACUGGGACGCGACCAAGAUCCUGUCCUACGACGAGAAGCGGAGUAAGAUCUACUUCCUCAGCACGGAGGACCUGCCGAGGAGACGCCAGUUGUACAGCGCCAACACGGUGGGCAACUUCAACAGGCAGUGCCUGUCCUGCGACCUGGUGGACAACUGCACCUACUUCAGCGCCUCUUUCAGCCCCAGCGCCGACUUCUUCCUGCUCAAGUGCGAAGGUCCUGGGGUCCCCACGGUGACCGUGCACAACACGACAGAUAAGAAAAAAAUUUUUGACCUAGAAACAAACGAACACGUACAGAAAGCCGUAAACGACCGGCAGAUGCCUAAAGUCGAAUACAGGAAAAUCGAGAUUGACGAUUACAACUUGCCCAUUCAGGUCCUCAAGCCAGCGACCUUCACCGACACCGCUCACUACCCCUUGCUCCUGGUGGUGGAUGGCGCCCCGGGGAGCCAGAGCGUGGCCGAGAAGUUUGAGGUGAGCUGGGAGACGGUGAUGGUGAGCAGCCACGGGGCCGUGGUGGUCAAGUGCGACGGCCGCGGCAGCGGCUUCCAAGGGACCAAGCUGCUGCACGAGGUGAAGCGGAGGCUGGGCUCCCUGGAGGAGAAGGACCAGCUGGAGGCUGUGAGGGUGAUGCUGAAGGAGCAGUACAUUGACAAGACGCGCGUGGCCGUGUUUGGGAAGGAUUACGGUGGGUACCUGAGCGCUUACAUCCUGCCAGCGAAGGGCGAGAAUCAAGGCCCGGUUUUCACGUGUGGCUCUGCGCUCUCCCCGAUAACAGACUUCAAGCUCUACGCGUCUGCAUUUUCCGAGAGGUACUUGGGCCUCCACGGACUUGACAACAGAGCGUAUGAGAUGUCCAAGGUGGCGCACCGGGUGUCCACGCUGGAAGGGCAGCAGCUCCUGAUCAUCCACGCGACCGCCGACGAAAAAAUCCAUUUCCAGCACACCGCAGAACUCAUCACGCAGCUCAUUAAGGGGAAGGCGAAUUACAGCUUACAGAUAUACCCGGACGAGAGCCACUACUUCAGCAGCGCCCCCCUGCAACAGCACCUGUACCGAGCCCUCAUCAGCUUCUUCGUGGAGUGCUUCCGGAUCCAGGACAAACUCCCGACAGACGCAGCAAAAGAGGACGAGGAGGAGGACUGACCGCGCCAGCCCGAAGCACAGCCUGGCGCUUCCUGGGACGGUGGCACCGAGCGGGGAGCCCCGCCUCGCUCUCCCUCGGGGGCCUGGGCUGGGGGCGGGAAGCGCCGCCUUCCCAGCAUGCGUGU